GAUUGUCUAGAACGAGAAUAUCUUAUUAUUUGUUAUUAUGAUAGCAAUAUAAAUAAGUCCAUUAGCUUUGAAGUGUCAGGAUGUUUCAGUGUAGUGGUGAUAUCAUGGUUAUAAGUGGUUAUUAGAUUGACACUAUUUACUGCAAGGUUCCCACUACACCAAGGCCACAGAUGAUUGUAGGCCCAAUGUGUUAGUCUUCCUCCAUCACUGGACCUACAUCCUUUCAAUCACAAGCCAGAAUGACACAAAAGCUGCCAGAGUGGUUGGACAAGACAUUCCUACAAGCUGCUCUUCAAGGAGGAGAAGAUAACGAGCCCAAAGUGACAGUUAAUGAUUUUACUGCAGAACUAGCGGUAGCGGCCGGUAACAACUACACAAGCCAAAUCUUCAGGGUCGUCGUGAAAUACACAGCAAAUGGAUCAGAAGAUAAAUCCACAACUCUUAUUGUUAAGGCACCUCAUACUCAGUUGCAGGACAUGGGAGCAGAACUCGGACUAAGUGAAUGGUUCGACAAAGAACCGGUUAUAUACAACAUUAUUUUGCCAAAAAUGAAAGAAAAGAUAAAAGUUGACUUUGGUCCUAAAACAUAUUUCAGUGCACAAAAAAGUGUGUUGGUAUUUCAGGAUCUGAAAGAAACAGGGCACAUCAUGUGUGAUAAAUUUAAACAAUUGGAUUACGCUCAUUGUGAGGUAGUGUUGAAAAAUUUAGCGAAAUUCCAUGCCGUUUCAGUCGCUCUUCACAGUGAAAAUCCUGAAGAAAUCGAAACACUCGGAAUAGAGCCCAUAUUUAGGGAAGGUAAUCCCAUGAAAGAAUUGAUGAAGUCACUUUUGGUGUUUGCAAUAGAAAUUGUAAAAGAAAGCUUGAAAAAUACAGAAAAUGGUGAACCUGCCUUACAGUUUUUGCUUGACAAGCAAGAAACACUGUACAAUUCAUUGAUAGAAAUUGUUAAACCCAAAAAAGAAGGUUUGAAUGUUAUGAACCAUGGAGAUUUGUGGAACAACAAUAUGAUGUUCAAACACUCAGAGUCAGGAGAAGUGGAGGAAGUAAAGUUCAUUGACUUUCAAGUAUUACGAUACAUGAGCCCGGCCAUCGACAUUCUGUACUUCACCUGGACCAGUGCGGACGAAGAAGUGCGGGAAAACAGACUACAAGAGUUGUACGACAUUUACCUACAAGAACUCAACGAAUGUCUACAACUACUAGGAUGUAAAGAGAGGUACACUUCUGAAGAGUUAUGGCAAGAUUUAAAGUCCUCGGUUGACUUUGCUCUUGUAGUUGCAUGUCAAACUUUGCCAAUGACACUUGCUGAAGAAAAGGAUGCUCUUGACAUGGCUGAAUUUGACAUGAAAGAGUUUGCAAACAUGAGUAACACUGGUGCUAUGGACCCGAAUUUACUAAGAUUAUACAAUGGAAAAAAUUUCAAAGCCAAAGUACCAAAAAUCAUCCAACAAAUUUACCAGACCUUACAUUAAACGUUGCUCUAAAGGUUAAUGUUCUAGCUCUUUGCACAGAUAUGUUGUUGAGAGGAAAUUAGUUUUAAAAAGACUACAUUUUUUUUAUUAAUCAACCUUAAAAUUUGUCAAAUAUUUUAAAUUAAUGUGUUUUACUAACAAUUAUAUUGUGUUAUUAUUUUGUUCAAUGAUGACUCACAAGUAAAAAUAUGUAUAUAAAAUAAAGCUGAUCAUAUCAAGAACACACGAACAUUUUUUUUGCAACUAAAUAUGUAAUAAGGCUCACAGUAUCAAUUUAACAUGAAUUUUCAAAAAGAAUCCAUAUAAGGGGUACAGUAAUUUCAAAUUUAUUUCCUCCUGGAAAGUUAAGUAUAGAAUAGAACCUUAUCUAUUCAGAACACUCACAUGCAAAUGCCAAUGAUGUGUUUUAUUUUUCUGCCUUGACUAUUUGACCCUUUGUCAAAUACUACAUGCAAUGUUCAAAACUAUAGCUUUGGGUGACUAUCUGCAAAUUUCAGGUUAGGAAAAGAAACAUAGAAAAUUAAAUUUUAUGUUUUAUGUUUACUGAUAGAAGGAAAAGCUCUAUUGAAUGUAUGUGUUUCCCUUGUAUAGACUUACUUCAGUAACAACUGGUUGGAAACUGGGAGAAGUGGAGGAGAGAAGUGGGAGAAGAAGAGGGAAACUGGGAACAUUGCGACUUUGGCUCAACACAGAUAAAACACAAAAUUUGCUUUUUAGUUUAAAAAACAACCCAAAUAAUUUUAAUCUUGAUUUAGUCACAAAUGCUAAAUUCCUAGGUAUUUAUUUAGACAAUCAUUUAACUUGGAGCUCACAUAUAGAUUACAUUAGUACGAGACUAUCAAGAGUAAUAUAUCUUAUGAGACGCCUUAUAAACAUUAUUCCUAAAAAUUACAUCAGAAGUGCGUACUUUUCCUUUUUUGAAUCUAUCAUUCGAUACGGUUUAAUACUGUAGGGAAACUGCUCAGGAAUUCAGGACAUUUUACUGCUCCAAAAGAAGGUGAUUAGAAUUAUGGCUGGAGUACAUUUUAGGGAACAUUGCAAACCACUUUUUAGGCAGCUUCAGAUUUUAACCGUCAUAGACUUAUAUAUUUUUGAAAUCGCAGUUUAUAUAUUAAAAAACUCUCAUCUAUUAAAAUUCAAAGACAAAAUUCAUAAUUAUAAUACCCGAAACAAAACUAAAGCAGUGAUUCAAUAUUGUCGCUUAACUAAAUCGUUGGAUAGCCAUGUGGUGAUAUCUUUAAAAAUUUACAAUAUCUUUGAGCCUAUGAUUAGAAAAUAUUCAAUAAAUCAAUUUAAAAACAAACUCUAUAAUUGGUUACUAGAUAACCCAUUUUAUACAUUAGAUGACUUUUUAAAAAUUUGUGAAAUCAAAUUUUAACAUAAUGUAAUCUUUGCACUUAUUUUAUUUUAUUUUAUUAUUAUUAUUUAUGUUAUUACUAUUAUCUUUUAAUAUUAUUAUAUUGUAUUUUACAUGAGAUUUUUAGAGGUAUUUAAAAAAAUUUAGUUUCUUACACAAAUUUGUCUAACUUCUUUGAUUGCUUGACAAAAAAAACUUGAACAAAUUUUUUUUUUAUUUAAUUACUGUUGUUGGAAUUUAACUAUUCCUAAUUAAUAUUAUUUCAUUAUUUUUUUUCUUUUUUCCCUUCAUUUUAAGAAAUUUACUAAGCUCUCAAAUGUUUUUAUGUUUUAUUAAUAGAUAGCGUAAAAGAAAAAAAGUUAAGUUAAUUUAUCAUUUUAAUUUUUACAUUCUCUAGAUACUUAAUCCUAUACUAUUGUAGAUGUGUAGUAUGUAUGUAUAUGACGUAGGCCUAUACAUAGGCUGAUGUGUUGACUUUGUCAAUGAUUUGUAAAAAUCCAAAAGACAAAUAAAUGAUAUGAUUUGAUUUGA